AUGCCCAAAUUAACCAAAAGCGCUAAACAAGAUUUGAUCUUGACUCAUCUCCGCACCACUGGAACCUGUCACACGCUCAAGGAUCUAGAGAAGACGCUACCCUCUGUUGCAUCCAUCAAUGGCAUCCAGGUCAAGGAAUACAUCCAAGCUUUGACCGAUGAAGGUCUACUACGAGUCGAGAAGAUCGGCAGUGGGAACUGGUACUGGAGUUUCAGCAGCGACGAAAAGCAUGCGCUCGAGCACCAGUUGGCCCGAGUGACAACAGAGGUGGAGAAAGUCCGGAAGUCCUACGCUGAUGCAGAAGCGGCUUUGGCCGAAGCCCAACUCUCCGGACCCCUCAAUUCACUGAGCAGCAAGGGUGUGAAGCAGAUCCAAGAGGAGUUAGCGGGGUUCCGACAGCAGGCACUGCAGUAG